ACGGGGGAGUGGGAGCGCCGUCUCGUGGCGAUUAGCCGGGGCACACUCAGAGCUGGAUUUAUGGCACGCAGCUGUUGAGUGGCUGACAGAAGUGUGAGGGGCUCAAGCGCUGCUGCUUCUCAAGCUGCUCGUACCAGAUCGAGCUCUGCUUACUGUUGCGUAGGAAAGAGGACUGCUGUGCCUGAACACACAACGCCAGCAGAUGGUGCGGGAGCAGUAUGUCACCACCACCCAGGGCAGCAGCUCGCCCAGGCAGGUGCCCGACCACGUCUACAAGAUCGGCAUCUAUGGCUGGAGGAAGCGCUGCCUCUACCUGUUUGUCCUGCUGCUCAUAGUCAUCCUGGUGGUCAACUUCGCCCUCACCAUCUGGAUCCUCAGGGUGAUGUGGUUCAACCCGGAAGGAAUGGGACUCCUACAAGUAAACUCAGAUGGGGUCAAGCUGGAUGAGGGGGAGUCAGAGUUUCUUUUCCCCAUAUACGCUCAGGAGAUCCACUCCAGAGAAGACUCUUCACUUCUAGUGCACUCAUCGGAAAAUGUUUCCCUUAAUGCCCGCAAUGAAAGCGGUGAUGUCAAAGGGAGGUUAUCUGUGGGCCCAAAAGAGGCUCAGGGACACACUCCGAAUCUGCUCAUUAACUCCCACAAUGACAACAUGCUGUUCACUGCAGAUGGUGACCAGGCUGUGAUUGGACCAGACAAACUACGGAUCACAGGUCCUGAAGGAGCGCUGUUCCAGCACUCAGUGGAGGUGCCGUUGCUGAGAUCUGAACUUUUGAAAGACCUGAGGUUGGAGUCACCCACUCGCUCACUCAGUAUGGAUGCGCCAAAAGGAGUUCAUCUCAAAGCGCUGGCUGGCAACAUUGAAGCUGCUUCCAACAUGGAUGUUAUUCUGCAUUCUAGCAUAGGACUGCUGGUGCUGGAUGCUGAGACUGUACGCAUGCCGAGCCUGCCCCUGAGCGAAGGAGGGGUUUCUGGAAAUGCUCAGGGUCUCUACGAGGUCUGCGUCUGUCCCAGCGGUAAGCUCUUCCUGUCCAAGGCGGGGGUCACCUCCACUUGCAGUGAGAAUCAGGAGUGCUAGAAAGACUUUGACAAGGUAAUCGAUUUUCCAUCUCUCAGUGGAUGUGUCUUCUGGGAGGCAACAAGCACAACUGUUUAUAUCUGGCCUGAGUUUUUUUUAUCUUUAUACCACAGUGGGUCUAUGAUGAUCUCAGAGCUAAGAUCCCACUUGCACAUCAAGGCCUGUAAAAAUACAACUGCCUGCUGGCGUACAUGUUGGAGAUGUCAUGAAAUGCAUCCUUUUAGUUGCAUUUAUGACCUUCUAACCAUUCAGCUGAAACAAUUUGGCACACAGUUUUAAAUUUAUCUGUAUAAGAGCUUUGUGGAGAUUUUUUUUAAGUACACAGUGUCAUGGCUGGGCAAUGAGGAGCUGGUAACAGCUUACAUCCUAUGCAAUAUAUGUGGUGCAAUAAAUGAACUGACACAUAUCAAGGGCUUGGAAUUCUCAAAAAAUCUUUUAAAUGCAGACAGAAUGUUAUUAAAAAUAUUUAUUUUGGUUUACGUAUGCCUCCAAGCCCUUGGUGUGUAGUUUUUUUUCUCUUGGUGUUAAGCAUGUUUUUAUUUAAUCUGGGAAGAAAAGUGGAAAAUGCUGAAUAAUAUUUUGUCAUCAUAGUCAAGUCAGAGAUUUAGAGCUGGAUUUUAUCUCUACUUAAAACUCAAAUUCAGAUACAACACUAGGCAGCAGACUUGUUUCUCAUUUUGUUUCAGCUGUUUUAUAGGUUUGAGAUGAAAAUACAAUGUGGUUAUUGUACCAUAAAGUGUUACUAGUGUGGUAUCACAAUUGUGAUAAUGUGUUGCUUUUUUCCCAUUUAUAAGAUUAUGUAUGUUUGGCCUGUGUUAUUUUUAAGCUUUGCAUAAGCAUGCAGUUAUACAUUAGUUAUACAAGACAAGUUUUUCUUGGCAGUACGCUGGCCUGUGUUUGUUUAGUAACCUCAUUUACAGCCAAGGGUUUAUAAAUAACAAAGCAUUACAUUUGACCACUGCAACAUGGAAUCAAAAACAAAACAGUUCUCGUAACAGUAAUGUAGUUUUGCGUGGAAAAAAUAAUGAGAUUGUUUUAGUUUUGCUUUGAGUCAUAUAUGCCUUUUUUUUUUUUUUUUUUACACAAUAUGUAUGACAGGUCAUAACCAACAUUUGCAUUUCUAAAAUUAAAAUUCUCAGUUCUCUGUCAAAAAGGGCAAUAUUUUGUAUAUUUGAAUUUAACAUAAACUUAUCCACAAGACUGUUUUAAAGAUGGUGUUAUGUUAUCAUUGCCAGUAUUAGUUGAAAUAGAUCAUUUGCAGUUCUCACAUAUGUUGUGGCAUAUUUUGAUAAGGUGUGCAAUGUGUAUUUAUUAAUUUUGUAUGUUGAAUAAACUUUGUGCUAUUCUUCUA